AUGUCAAAUCUUACAAAACUCGAAUUUGUGGCUCUGGACAUCACUGGAAACAACUAUUUAUCAUGGGUACUAGAUGCUGAAAUUCACUUAGAUGCAAAGGGUCUUGGUGAGACUAUUAAGGAGGGAAAUGAAGAAAGUACACAAGAUAAGGCCAAGGCCAUGAUUUUCCUUCUCCAUCACCUCCAUGAAGGUCUAAAGACCGAAUAUUUGACUGUUAAGGACCCUCAAAUUCUUUGGGCCAAUCUAAAGGAAAGAUAUGACCACCAGAAAACUGUGAUUUUGCCUAAAGCUCGUUAUGAAUGGCUGAAUUUAAGAUUGCAGGACUUUAAGUCUGUUAGUGAUUAUAACUCGGCCAUGUUCAGAAUCACUUCACAAUUGAAUUUAUGUGGAGAGAAGAUUACUGAUGCAGAAAUGUUACAAAAAACAUACUCAACUUUCCAUGCAAAUAAUGUUGUCCUGCAGACACAAUAUUGUGAAAAAGGCUUCCAAAAAUAUUCUGAAUUAAUUUCUUAUCUCCUAGUGGCGGAGCAAAACAACGAGCUGCUAAUGAAAAACCAUGAAUUACGCCCAACUGGCUCUGCUCCAUUCCCUGAAGCGAAUGUGAGUUUACACAAUGGGCAAAAAUUAAAAGAAACACACCAUGCAAAUAGUAGUGUGCGUGGCUGUGGUCUUGGCCGAGGGCGUGGCCGCGUACAUAGAUAUGGAUAUGGUCGAGGUGAUCGUUUUAAAAAUUCACAUUCCUACCAGAAGUGGGAUCGGAAAAAUGGUAACAGGGAAGAAAAAGAAAAAGGUGAAAAUGUGACUAAUGUAUGCUAUUAUUAUGGAGGAAAAGGACAUUGGUCUCGUGCGUGUCGCACACAAAAGCAUCUAGUUGAUUUUUAUCAGCAGUCCAUAAAACAGAAGGGAAAGAAAGUAGAAACCAAUCUUGUGUAUAAAGAUGGCGAAGGUGAUUUUGAUGGUGGCAAUGCAACCCACUUAGAAGUGGCUGAUUUUCUUUCUACCCCUGAAGGAAAUUAUUAA